AUGCAGAAAAUUGGGCACAAUCAUCAGAAGAUGAAUCGGAUUAUAUUCCACGUGAAUCAUCUAAUUCUGAGGGUAGCGAUAAAGGUGAUCACUAUUGAUGAAAAUGAAAGUGCCAUCAGUGUAUGCAGGAGGGUGCUAAGUGGCUCAGGAACUGAUGAAAGAUUUCAAGAAACGAAAACCUCUCUCGAUGGUACUGUAUGGACCAAAAUUGCCGAAGGUGGUACCUCAGGAAGGUCAUCAUCUGUGUUUUCAAGGGUGAAUAUUAUUACAGGUGAUCUUGUCAGUGCAUUUUCAUUGAUAAUAGAUAAUUAUAUUAUCAAACACAUAAAACAGUGCACAGAAGAAGAGGGCAGUCAAAUUUUGGGGUACGAUUGGACAACAUCGUUACCGAAAAUACGUGAUUUUACUGGAAUUUUAUAUGCUCGUGGGGCCUAUGAGGCAAAAAAUUUGAAAUUGACUUAUUUAUGGUCAGCAAAGAAAACAUGA